UGGCCCCUCUUCUACUCCACGCUACUAGCACCAACAGAGAAAAAAGGCUCUCAGCUAUCCAAGCCGAGGGUUUUCUCUUUGGUCUUCAAUCCCUGCAAAACCAUUAUUCAGCACAAUCAAAUAAAAUAGUUUAGAAAACGAAAUCGGGGUUUGGAUUCGAGUUCUGAGAAUGACGGAGGUCGCCAGCUCGGUGGUCCACGAAGUGCUGGGUCGGCGAGCACAGGACGUGGAUCAGCCUAUAAUCGACUACAUCGUCAAUGUCCUCGCCGACGAAGACUUCGAUUUCGGCGUCGACGGCGAGGGGGCUUUCGAAGCCAUCGGAGAGCUUCUUGUCGGAGCUGAAUGCGUCACCGACUUCUCUGAAUGUCGUUCUGUAUGUAGCAAAUUAUCUGAAAAGUUUGGAAAUCAUGGGUUGGUCAAAGCAAAACCAACUAUGCGUAGUCUUGCAACACCCUUAAGAAUGAAUGAUGGGAUGGAUGAGGAGGAAGUUCCAAAAAAGAAGCCCGAGGCUUUGGAAGGUCCUGUUCUCACUGAGCGUGACAAAGCGAAGCUUGAAAGAAGAAAAAGGAAGGAGGAGCGUCAAAGAGAGGCACAAUACCAAGUGCAUUUAGCUGAAAUGGAAGCAGCCAGGGAAGGGAUGCCUGUGGUAUGUGUUACUCAUGACAAUAGUGGGGGGCCAGCUGUCAAGGACAUUCAUAUGGAAAAUUUCAAUAUUUCUAUUGGUGGUCGUGAUCUCAUUGUGGAUGGUUCACUCACCCUUUCAUUUGGAAGGCAUUAUGGUCUUGUUGGAAGAAAUGGUACAGGAAAAACAACAUUUCUUAGGUACAUGGCUAUGCAUGCCAUUGAUGGUAUUCCUCAAAACUGCCGAAUAUUGCAUGUGGAGCAAGAAGUUGUUGGUGAUGAUACAACAGCCUUGCAGUGUGUGCUUAACUCUGAUAUUGAGAGAACCCAGCUUUUGGAAGAAGAAGCUCGACUUGUAGCUCAACAGAGAGAGCUGGAGUUUGAGGAAGUGACUGAUAAGAGUAAUGGUACAAUUGAAAAAGAUGCCAUUUCACGAAGGCUUGAGGAGAUAUACAAACGGCUUGAGUUCAUUGAUGCAUAUUCCGCAGAAGCACGUGCAGCUACCAUUCUUGCAGGUCUCAGUUUCUCUCCAGAAAUGCAGCGGAAAGCAACAAAAGCAUUUUCUGGAGGAUGGCGAAUGCGGAUCGCUCUUGCUCGUGCCCUCUUCAUAGAGCCCGAUAUAUUAUUACUUGAUGAACCAACGAAUCAUCUUGAUCUUCAUGCUGUCUUAUGGCUAGAGUCUUACCUGGUGAAAUGGCCAAAAACAUUCAUAGUUGUUUCUCAUGCUAGAGAAUUCUUGAACACGGUUGUCACCGAUAUCCUUCACCUACAUGGGCAAAAACUGAAUGUUUACAAGGGUAAUUAUGAUACAUUUGAGAAGACACGAGAGGAGCAGCUCAAGAACCAGCAGAAAGCUUUGGAGGCAAAUGAGCGUGCAAGAUCCCAUAUGCAGUCGUUUAUUGACAAGUUUCGAUACAAUGCAAAGAGGGCUUCUCUUGUUCAGUCAAGAAUCAAGGCACUGGAUCGGAUGGGUCAUGUGGAUGAAAUUAUUAAUGACCCUGACUAUAAGUUUGAGUUCCCAACUCCUGAUGACAGACCGGGGGCCCCUAUUAUAAGCUUCAGUGAUGCAUCAUUUGGUUAUCCUGGGGGACCCUUAUUGUUUAAGAAUUUAAAUUUCGGGAUUGACCUUGAUAGCCGCAUUGCAAUGGUUGGUCCAAAUGGCAUUGGCAAAUCAACCAUACUCAAACUAAUUGCAGGGGACCUACAACCAAGCUCUGGAACUGUUUUUCGCUCAGCUAAGGUUCGAAUUGCAGUGUUCAGUCAGCACCAUGUUGAUGGACUAGAUUUAACUUCAAAUCCACUACUGUAUUUGAUGCGCUGCUAUCCAGGAGUGCCUGAACAGAAGCUCCGAGCUCACUUAGGUUCUUUUGGUGUGACUGGAAAUCUAGCGCUUCAGCCAAUGUACACUUUGUCUGGUGGUCAGAAGAGCAGAGUUGCAUUUGCUAAGAUAACUUUCAAGAAACCACACAUAAUAUUGCUUGAUGAACCAUCCAAUCAUCUGGACUUGGAUGCUGUGGAGGCAUUAAUUCAAGGACUUGUACUUUUCCAAGGGGGCGUUCUCAUGGUUAGUCAUGAUGAGCAUCUAAUAUCUGGAAGUGUGGAGGAGCUCUGGGUGGUCUCAGAAGGUAAGGCGACACCAUUCCAUGGCACCUUCCACGAUUACAAGAAGAUACUCCAGUCUGCAUAAAAUGACUUGUUAGCUUUGCAUAUUUUUACGGCCCAACAUCAUAAACGGAUAGCAGGACCUUUUAAGCCACAUGUUUCACAGCUCAUUUAUUUAGAAAAUAAUGUAAUACGCAGAACAAUUUGUUUCAAAUUCAAAGGUUGAGGAAUAUAGUUGAUAUUUAUAGGCUUUAGAGGAUUUUUCCCCCCCAAGUUUUCCACAUUUUUUGUCAAGUUUGUAUUGAACACAAAUGAAAAUUUUCCUAUGCUCAUGUGCAUGCAUGCAUAUUACAUAUGAUAAUGAACACUUGUAGUAUGGCCCUACUUUUGGUUCA